AAACCGGCGGGGUGGAUGGGGGAUGCGGAGAGGGAGGGGGGGUUGGGAUCAAGAGGAACGGUGACGAGGUUUCAGUUUGGGAAGGUAUGCCCGCAUUGGGUGAGUGAGAAGCACGGGAGGGGGAGGCAGAUGUUGAUUUGUUUGGUUUUUGGGGAGGAUGAGAAGAGGGCGGGUGGGAAGGAGAGGUUCGUGCCGUUGGAGACGGACGGGUUUUGGUGGUGGCUGGAUGUGAGGACGAGGGAUUUGGGGGGGGUGGGGAAGAGGGUGAGGUUGGUGGGGAUUACGACGGUGGAUGGGAGGGAUGCGAGGGGGUUGACGGGGGAGGAGUUUAAGGGGGUUGUGGGGAGGAAGGCGUUUGCCAUGUGUGGGAUGGUGGAUUGGGUGUUGGUUUGA